AUGUCCGACACACCAUCAAACAACAACGGCGGCUCCUCGUCCUCCAGCAACGACGGCACAAAGCCUGUCAACAAGGCAGUUGCCAAGGUCGAUCUAGACGGCCACAACCUGCCUCCGUCGCCCGCUCCUUCGAGCCCUUCCGCCGGCCGCCGACGAUACGCCCUUGCCACAGAGUUGGUCUAUACCGAGACCAAAGACCAGUAUGGCGCCUCGAGCAUCCCCAUCUACCAGUCCGCCACUUUCAAGCAGACAUCUGCUGGCGGUGGCGAGGAGUAUGACUACACACGAUCUGGCAACCCCACGCGCACACACCUCGAGCGACAUAUGGCCAAGAUCAUGAAUGCUACACGGGCUCUGGCAGUCGGCUCGGGAAUGGGCGCUCUUGAUGUCAUUACCCGACUGUUGCGACCAGGAGACGAAGUCAUCACUGGAGAUGACUUGUAUGGAGGCACCAACCGUCUGCUGACGUACCUUGCCACCAACCAAGGCAUUGUUGUUCACCACGUCGAUACGACCACCGUCAAGAAGGUCGAGGAUGUGAUUUCCGACAAGACAGCCAUGGUCCUUCUCGAGACACCGACCAACCCUCUGAUCAAGAUUGUCGAUAUUACUUCCAUUGCAAAGGCCGUACACGAAGCCAACCCCAAGGCUCUUGUGAUUGUGGACAACACCAUGCUCUCGCCCAUGCUUUGCAACCCCCUGGAGCUUGGAGCAGACAUUGUUUACGAGUCGGGCACCAAGUAUCUGUCUGGUCAUCACGAUAUCAUGGCUGGUAUUAUUGCUUGCAAUGACCCGGCCCUGGGCGACAAAAUGUACUUUACUAUCAACUCGACUGGCUGUGGUCUCUCUCCCAAUGACUCAUUCCUUUUGAUGAGGGGAGUCAAGACGCUCGCAAUCCGUAUGGAGAAGCAGCAAGCCAAUGCACAGGCAAUUGCAGAGUUCCUCGAGUCGCACGGCUUCAAGGUGCGGUAUCCUGGCCUCAAGUCUCACCCACAGUAUGAUCUCCAUUGGUCUCUGGCACGCGGAGCUGGCGCUGUCCUCUCCUUUGAGACUGGUGAUAUCAAACUCUCGGAAAGGAUUGUCGAGGCCGCCAAGAUCUUUGGAAUCAGUGUCAGCUUCGGCUGUGUCAACAGUCUGAUCAGCAUGCCCUGCAGAAUGAGCCAUGCAAGCAUUGAUCCCAAGACAAGAGCCGAGAGACAAAUGCCCGAGGACAUUAUCAGACUUUGCGUUGGAAUUGAGGACGUGAACGAUCUCAUUGACGACCUGUCGCGCUCGCUCGUGCAAGCCGGAGCCGUCACAAUCACACUCGACGGAUUUCAAGCUACUGAAGCCGUCCAGACUGGAGGAGCACCGGCAUCUUGA